AUGUCUGGCAUCACAUCAAAGCUCUCCAAGCUCAAUCCCUUUGGCAAGGCCAAGGUUGAUGAUGAGGACCUCGGCGAGAAGAUUGAAGCGGACACGAUUGCCGGCGGAGGACACGCUGCUCGCCAAACAAAGAUCACUAAAGAGCAGCUGCGGGUCAGCCAUGCGAUCAAGAAGUUUCUAGUCGAUGAGAAUAUCCUCAGCCGUGAAGAUGUCGAGCUGGACUCGGAUCGGACCACGCAUGUUCUCAAGGAGUUUCUGGACAAGCCGCAUGUGGACAUACCACGAGCUCUCACUGAUCGUUCACAUCCUUUGACGGAGUACUUCAUCAGCUCAAGUCAUAACACCUACUUGCUGGCCCAUCAGCUAUAUGGAACUUCCUCAGCUGUGGCAUAUGACACUGCCCUCAAGACCGGCUCUCGAUGCGUGGAGAUUGACGCUUGGGACAAUGCUGAGCACAAGGACGAACCAAAAGUCACCCAUGGCUACACUUUGGCGUCUCAUAUUCCAUUCAGAAACGUCUGUGAAGCUAUCCGCGAUGUCGUUGACUUCGAGGCGUCACAGCCAAAGCUGGACACAGGAUACCGUGCCGCGCCUAUUCUUUUGUCCUUGGAGAAUCACUGCGACAGUCAUGGUCAGCUGAGGCUGGUACAAAUCAUGCGAGAAGUCUGGGGCGAUAGACUUCUGAGCAAGCCAAUACGAGACAAAGGCACCAGUGAGCAACAAGAUACCGGAGAGCACGUCACACUGGCAGAAUUGGGAUCGAAGAUUGCUGUCAUUGUGGAGUAUCAUCUGCCGAACGAGCCGGACUCGGAAUCAAGCUCGGAUGAGGACGAAGAUGAGCAGGUUCGGCAAGACCACAAAGCUUGGCGAGAGCAGAAGAAGCAGGCUCCGGAUGAGGGAAUCAUACCAGAGCUUGCAGAGCUAGGCGUGUAUGCGCAGUCUGUAAAGCCCAACAACCACUCCUGGUUUGAAAGUCAGCUUCAAGACGGGCCUCACCACCAUCUCAUCAAUGUGUCUGAGUCGGGUCUACUCGGCCUCCUGCCGACUGCGAGCGACAAGGUCAGCAAACACAACUCGCAGCACUUGAUGAGAGUGUACCCCAAGGGCACCCGCAUCUCGUCCAAGAAUCUCAAUCCCGUGCCAUUUUGGGGAGUUGGAGCACAGAUUUGCGCAUUGAACUGGCAAACAUUCGACCAUAGUAUGCAGCUCAACGAAGCUUUGUUCGCCGGCUCAGAUGGAUAUGUGUUGAAGCCUGCAGCGCUUCGUGCUGGUGGAUCUGGCAAACUCAGUACAGGCAGGAAGACGAAGCUGAGUCUCCACAUCGCAGGCGCAACAGACCUGUCCUUACCACAAGAUCGUGAGGCGGACGAGAUUCGCCCAUAUGUGACCUGCACGUUGGUACACCCUGACGACAUCGCAGACGAGCCACCUAAGCGUAAGACAGAAGCAUACAAACAGCACAAAAUUGGCAUGCUACACAAAGGAGAGAACCCACCUAAUACCGAUCCCUUCUGGAAUGAAACACUGGAGUGGGAGUAUGAUGAGAAUGAGCUUUCUUUCCUGAGGAUCCUAAUCAAGAGCGAUGACAAGUUCGCGCGAAACCCAGUCUUUGCCGUUGCAGCAGUCCGGCUGCUGUGUGUUGCGAGCGGAUGGUCUUUCGUCAGACUUCUGGACCUGAAGGGGAGGGAGACGCAUGGAACUUUGCUGGUCAAGUUCGACCUCAAGCAUACCGAUACUUAG